CUUCACACGGAGCCCGACUCCUCCGUGGCAUCUCUCAAUUAACCAAAUGAGCGACUUCCUCCUCGUCGAGCCCCGGUGCGUGUUCAAUUUAUGAGGAUGAAGAGGUAAAGAAAACAAACCAUUGCCAAGCACAGGGACUUGAUGUGAGCUCCUGUUGUGUGCGUGCUGCCGAAUGAGGAUGACGGGCUGCAGCAUCUAGUCCGGGCCCCUGGUGACCACGUUCUUCUUCAGUCCCAGUCAACUUCAAAGAAGGUGGAGUGAUGAUGUUUGCUGUUGACUGAAGUCCACUCCGAGAAACAAAAUGAAGGAGAGGCUUCUUCGUGGUUUGCUUUCGGAGGUUUCCAUCCGCAUGGCGUUGUUAGUGGUGUUCCUUGUGACGGAGCAGCUUCCUCCUUUCUACCGCGAGAUCCAGGCAGAGGAGAUGUGGCUGUAUAAAUUCCAUCGUGUGGAGAGAGACCACGUUCCCACCUCUCUCAUGUUUAGUGUGGCAGUUUUCACUCCACUGAUUGUGAUCCUGGUUUUCACCUUCAUGAAGAAGUCUGAGCGAGGAGAUCUGAAAGAAGCUUCGCUGGCUGUGACUCUGACUCUGGUGCUGAAUGGAGUUUUUACCAAUGUCAUCAAACUCGCUGUUGGCAGGCCAAGACCAGACUUCUUCUACCGCUGUUUCCCAGACGGUCAGAUGAACCUGGAGCUGCACUGCACCGGUGACCCAGAUGUCGUCAUGGAGGGCAGGAAGAGCUUUCCCAGCGGGCAUUCUUCCUUUGCCUUUGCAGGUUUGGGUUUCACUGCAAUGUACGUCGCAGGAAAGCUGCGCUGCUUCAACGCGGUGGGCCAAGGCAGAGCGUGGCGCCUGUGUGCCUUCCUCACCCCUUUGCUCGUUGCGACGGUGAUUGCCCUCUCCAGAACAUGCGACUACAAACACCACUGGCAAGAUGUGUUGGUGGGUUCUCUGUUGGGCCUCAUUUUCGCCUGGCUGUGCUACAGACAGCACUACCCUCCACUCCGGGACCCCGACUGCCACAGACCUCUGCGUCAUAGAGAGAGUGUUCCCGCCGCACAGGAGCGCAAGCUGGCCAACUGCAACUACAUCCUGCCCCUGUAAAACAGCUGUAACUGGAGAAAACACUCUCGACAGGUGUGCUCUGUAUCGGGUUCCAUGGUUACCAAUCUAACUCUGGUUUUAGCACCCUUCGGACUGGGAGUAAAUUAAUCAUUAUUGUUCAUUGAUUAUGUAUAAUGGUAAUUUUUCUUUUUGUAAAGACGACACACGGUUUGUUUUCUAAACUAAAAUGUACAAACUCUUUUCUCUCGGGUGGUUCCUGAAACACUUGUGUUAAAUGUCAACUCCCUUUGAACAGCCCCAAUGUGAUGGACAUGAACUACUCUGACAACCUGAUAGGGGGCCUUUCCGAACCCUAUAAUGAUGUCAUUACUUAUUGGAUGUUUUGAUACUGGGGGUGUUCUGGUUGUCAUGACGAAGUUUUCCAUAUGGCUCAGCCCCGUACACACACCCUGUGUAUUGUGCCUAUGGAUCACACAACUUUACUCGCAACAGAUGAGCGAAGUGAACUUACGCAACCACUGCACUAACGUUCCACUGCCCAUCCAGCUGUGGCUCGGUUGCUGUGACACAGUUUCUCAUGUAGGGUCACUCUUUUGUGAUUGUUUUGUAAACUUGUAACUUAUCAUGUCCUGCCUCCUGCAUGCUCCACCCCAGACGUCACAGAAUAGUUUCAGAAAAGUUCUUGUUAUUAUGAACGCGUCUGACUCUUGAUAAUCUCCCGCUGCGUUUGACACGUGAAAGGAAAGGCUCCGGGGGAAUGCAUGGAACCAGUUGACUGGGCAUUUUUUUUCAGGGGUUCAUGUCUGAAAACAUCAUAUGGUGUUGGAGCUGGCUCAGGUGUCAUCACGCGACCUUAAAGUGAAACGGCUCAGCAAGAGACUGAAUGAACACCGUAAGCGGCGCUCUGUAAACACCAGACCAGGAAGGGGGACACAGUCAUUGACCUUGAGUCCGUGGAUGGCCAGAAAAGCCUCCUUUGGUCUCAGGCAUCAGGAGGCCAUCUGAUGCCCAAGACCAAAACUUUUUUUAGUUCUGUCCUCACUAAGAGCCGGGCUCCUCCUCUGCAUGAACCCCCAGUACAUGCACGGCACAGGCCCAUCAUUUGGGCGUCAAAGGCCUUGCUCAAGGGUCACUUCUGUGUUGGUAAUAAGGGAGGGGCAGGCACACAGGGAUUCAUCCUGCGGGUUUGGGGAAUCGAACCAGAACUCGCCAGGUCACACACCCACCUCUUAAGGAUAUUGACCGCCUGUUAUCACUUGACCAAAUGUUCACGCUUAACGUUCCAUGACAGCACACGAGCCUGCUGCAUUUUCUGCUGAAGCCUGAGAUGCACGUAAAAGUUGCAAAAUAAGUGGACCUUUAUUUUCCCCCUUGUAAUACUUGAUUAUCUAGAAGGAAACAAGGGGAAGAAAGUUGUGUUGAUGUGGGAUGAGAUUUCUUAUUGUCAGCUAAUCCCAGGAUUUGACCAGUGACGCAGUGUUGCGUUUGUCCAUCUCAAAACACUUUGACUUUUCUAUGCUGUCUGUGGCACUUCGCCUAAAAUAUUCACUCCUAAUGGAAAAAUAUGAAAUGAAAGCAAAAAUAAUUUCCAAACUUUUUUAGGGAUAACAAUGAUGGUCUAUUCCACAGAGGAAUAGGCUGGGUUCAAUUGCAAAGGCAUUUGGGGUCUUUUUAUGAGCUUUAUUGACAAUAAGGCAAAUGUAUCCCUUAAAGACACAUAUACCACAAUUUUUGCUCAGAUCUCUGGGUGUGGGAAAAAUUCAUUUUAGUAUCACACUAUGUAUUGUCACAUCGCUCACCCCUAUCUGAAAGUAACCACCUCAAUACAUUUGCAGGCACGUUCAACGAAGAUAACUUUUAAUGUUUUUCUCUUCUGCUUUAAAUCUCUGUCUUCCUCGGGUAUAUUUUAAGUGUUAAUAUUCACAGAUUAUAAUUUUUUUUAAUGGCAUCUGGAAAAGGCUUUUAUAAGCCAAGUUCUGAUUAUAAAACCACAAAUGUAGCAGUUCCACUCAACUUCUCUUUGUUUUUGCAAUGACUUAUGAUUUAAUUAUUUUGGACAAACACGAUUGAUCUUACACUGCACAGCAUAUCUUCUAAUUUCAUCGCAAGUUCAUGUGACUGCAAAACUUCUUUGAGAUGAAUGUUGGUCUCAGGCUGACUGUAGGUCAUGUGUAAUGUGAGAAAGUUCUCCAGAGGUGGAGAGAUGAAAUGUACAGGGUUUGGUUUCUGGCAUCAUGGUGGGACCAGAUCUGCCUGAUGAACCUGGGUGGGGUCGGACUGUGACCUCUCCAGGUGAUGGUGCUAGCCUCCCAGUGCUCUUGCUGGUCAGGUUUUCAAUCCACAAGCAUGUGAAUAUGUAUUUCCAUCAAGUUUCUUUUAAAUCGUUUGAAUUUUUUUCAUUUUUUAAAUUUGUAUUCAUUUGUGAUCUCUCUGUUUUAUCCUUGAGGUUUGUGUAUAGGCCUAAUUGUAAAAUUGCUUUACAUGGGAGUCGAAGGUUCAUCUUUUACUUUAAUGUUUUAUUCAUCGUGUUUUUGAUUUCGCUUGUGAAACCAGCCAAAGUUUUGCAGGGGUCAAAGCACUUUUUGCUCGUCGCUGUGAAUAAAGCUUCAAGUGGCUGGAUCACGGUGGUUUCAGACCAAACUUGGCAGAAAAAAACAUGAAUUUGUGCCUUUGUUUACUACAUUACUUUAUGGCUCUCUGUCAAUGAAUGAGUGUAUAACUGCAUGUAACAGAUAAGGAAAAAAACUCGCUUUUUAAAGACCUUUGAGACAUAUAAUUUCCUAAUUUACUUGUUAUUCUUACAGGUAUUCAUGAGAUGAUGUACAUGUGUAGGUGUAUUUAAUUUUGAGGCAUGUGGGAGUGUACUUGAAUUUUGAAUAUUUGUUUAUCUUGAAUGUGAUACCGUUAUUUCAUGAAAGUAGGGACCAUAUUUAUUGUGGGCACAUUUCUGGAGGACCUUUCAGACCAAAAUAAAUAUUUCCUGCAUGUUUCACAGCUAAGUAGCAAUAUAUCUUCAAUUCCAUCCAAAAUCCCCUUAUUCCCAUCUGUUUCUAUUGAUCUACUGUCACGACAAGGAAUUAUAUGAACACUUGCCUGUUUUUGUCAUUUAUGUUAUCGCCUGUAAUAAUUUGAUCAAUAAUUUGCCACUCAGGCUGAUCACUGACUGUACAUGUUGUGAUGCUUUAAAUGGAUCUUUUGAUGACACUAAAUGAUGUUUCCAAAUAAUCUUA